AUGCGGUUCCUCGAGAGCGUCACACGCGUAGCAGGCUUCCUGGGCCUCGCGAGAAGGCAAUUCGAGCCCGACUCAUCCGUGUACGAGGACUCAGAGACGGGUCUUACAUUUGCUUCAUACACGAGUGAACGUGGCAUCACGUUCCGCGUCGCCAUACCCGACCCCGUCCCGGACAACAAGAUCUUCGACACUGUCCUCCAAAUCGUAGCGCCCAACGAUGUGGGCUGGACCGGCUGGGCCUGGGGAGGGCACAUGACGUACAACCCUCUUGCGGUUGUCUGGCUCAACGGGACCGACGAUGUCGUCCUGACGUCCCGGAUCGCUUACGGCUACUUCAGCCCCCCGUCUUACCCGGACGCAACCUACACGAUCCUGAAAACGGGAACGCACGUCAACGCGACGCACUUCCAGAUCACGGCCAAGUGCACGGGUUGCUCGAGGUGGGGUGACGAGGAUAUCGGCUUUACCGAGCUCGAUCCCGCGUACCAGAGCACCAUGGCGUUUGCCUACUCCAACACUCCGCCCGACACGCCGGCCGAUGAAGAGUCGAAUUUCGGCAUUCAUGACAGCCUGGGCCACCCCAUAUACGACCUGGCCACAGGCAAGAAUGCCGACUUUGACGCCAAGGUGGCUAAGCUUGUAUAA